AUGGCCGCCAACCUCCUCCUGGUGGUGCUGGUGGUGCUGGACCCCCAUCUCCAGACCCCUAUGUAUUUCUUCCUCUCCAGCCUCUCCUGCCUGGAGAUUGUCUCCACCUGCAACGUCUCCCCUGUGAUGCUCACUGGUCUCCAGACAGGCAAUGUGAUGAUAUCUCUUGGUGGCUGCCUUGCGCAGCUCUAUCUCUUCAGCGCCCUGGCCACCGUAGAGUACUUCCUGCUGGCAGCCAUGUCUUCUGACCGGUAUUUGGCCGUAUGCCGCCCACUCCACUACCCUUCCCUCAUGGACGGCAGGGUCUGCGGGCAGCUGGUGGUUGGGUCCUGGGUGGGCGGGUUCCUGUUCAUGGGGAUUGUGUCACUGUCGCUUAUACCCUUGACCUUCUGCGGGUCCCGCGAGAUAGACCACUACUUCUGUGAUUUCCAGCCCCUCCUGGAGCUCUCCUGCACCAACACCUCCAUGGUCCAGACGGUCACGUUCUUCCUGUCCUUCAUCCCAGCCAACCCAUUCCUCCUGACAGUCGCUUCUUACGUUUGCAUCACCUGGGCUGUGCUGAGGGUCCCCUCUGCCUCGGGGAGACACAAAGCCUUCUCCACCUGCUCCUCCCACCUCACCGUGGUGACACUGUUCUACGGAACGCUGGUGGCCGUGUACAUGUCCCCCAGGGACGGCACAGGGCUGAACCCCAGCAAGGCACUCUCCCUGCUCUACACAGUGCUCACCCCACUACUCAAUCCCCUCGUCUACACUACAGCCUGA